CUGACUACUUGCGUGAGCUCUACAUUUGCAGCAGAGUGCAAGCGGGUGUGACUGACCAUGACAGACAUCCGACAGGAGCUCCAUGAUGCCUUCCAGGUCAUGGAGGAUACCUUUAACGCAGCCGACUUGGACGGUGUUGGCUCGCUCUCCAUCGAGCACUGGGCAACGUACCUCAUGCACCAAGGCUUCCGUGAGGUUGAUGCUAUGCAGUCGCUCUUCACCGAGUUUGAUGUGGACAACUCGGGCGACCUCAACUUUAAGGAGUACCUCCAGCUGGUGUACUACUGGCAGGAAAUCUCGUCGUACGACGACUUGUUCCCCUCAGACUCGGCCGGCGUCGUCCAAUCGGCAUGCAAGCGGCUCCGUGCUGGCUUUAUGAAGUUUGAUCCAGACGAGACGCGGACGCUUGAUACCAAGGCCAUGCGCUCGUUCUGCACCUCGGCUCUCGGCGGCAUACCGGACGAGUUUGAUGAGCUCUGGGACGCUGUCGUCCAUCCGUCCAAGCCUGAUCUUGUCUCGGUCUCGCGGUUCAUGAUGUUCCUAUACAUGUAUGCGUACCCGGAGGGCACGUACCGGAUCAUCAAGGUGCCGGUGGGCGGCGUGCCGCUUGCCAAGCCCACGCCCGGCAAGGCCAAGAGCAAGGGCAAGCACAAGCACAAGCACAAGCACAAGCACAAGCGGCGCGGAUCCAAGGCGCCUAUUCCGCUCAACCUUGGUGACGAGCCCGACUUGGCCGACACCUCGCUGACGGUCGACUCGGACGCCGAGGCUGGAGCUUCGUCGUCGGAGCUCCGCGCCGAGCCGCAGGAGAUCCAGAUGGUGCAGGGCGAGAACGAGUUCUGCGUCCCAGCACACCGCCACCCGCUCCCGAUCUUGCAGCCGCAGGGCGUGACUGGGACGUGGAGCUGCGCCAUUUGUGCGACGACGGGUACUACCCCUACCCACUGUUGCACCAAGUGCUCGUACGUUCUCUGCACCGACUGCUUCUCCAAGUCUAAGGACGGCUUGUUCGAGUCGGCGCCGGCGCUCGAGUCCGACGCCUCGACGUCGGACGGUGCGAACCCGAUCACCAACUCGGAGCUGUGGCAAAUGCUCACCGCCAUGUACCGCGUUCUCGAGCGUGACUUCUCGCUCUAUGACACCGACGGCGACAACGUCAUCGACGAGUCGGAGCUCCUCCUUGGCGUCCACAACACCCGCAACGUCGUUAACAUUGUCGGCCGCCUUCAGCGGAUUUUCCAGAAGGUCGACACCGAUGCCAACGGGACGCUCGACUUUACCGAAUGGCUGCACUUUGUGUACUCGCUCGUUCGCCGCUCGUCGUACGCACAAGUGGUCGCCCGGACCGCCAAUGCCACGGUGGUGGUCGAGGGCAUGCGCUGGCUCCGCUCGGCGUACGAGCAGACCGACGCCGACAACAACAAGCGUCUUGACCGCGAUGAGGUCAUCGAGUUUCUCAACACCUACUUUGGCGGCGUGCCCUCGCACUUUGCCGACCUCUUUGAGCGGUUGCAGGAUCCGAGCCGCCACGUCCUCGACUUUGUCGACUUUCUCCACCUCCUCUACGAGCUCGUCUUGCCGCAGGGCAAGUACGCCGGCCUCCCGCGCCGCUCGCGCCGUCGCAAGCGCGAAAAGAUCCCGCUCGUCGAAAAGCCCCCCGUUGACGAGCAGGCCUCGGUCGUGGUCUUCCCGCGCCUCACCGACAUCACCAUCGACGAGAUCGAGCUCGGGCGGACGCUCGGCGAGGGCUCGUUCGGCAAGGUCUUCCUCGCCAAGCUCCGCGGCCUGGACGUUGCUGCCAAGUUUCUCACCGAGCAGUACACCGAGGACGUGCUCGUUGACUUCCGCAAGGAGACCGAGCUCAUGUCCGAAAUGGACCACCCGAACUUGGUCUUCCUCAUUGGCACUGCCGACGAGCCGCCCAAGCUCUGCAUCGUCACCGAGUACUGCGCCCAUGGCUCGCUCUUUGAUGUUCUGCAGAAGCAGCGUAUCCGCUUUGCGCCCUCGCUCACCCUCUCCAUCGCCACAGACAUUGCCCGCGGCAUGGCUGCCCUUCACGCUAUGUCGCCGCCCGUCCUCCACCGUGACCUCAAGUCACUCAACGUCCUCCUCGACGACCGCUGGUCGGCCAAGAUCUGCGACUUUGGCCUCUCGCGCUUCUACCUCCAGUCCAUUCAGUCCAACAAGUCGCCCAUCGGCACUCCGCAGUGGAUGGCUCCCGAGGUUAUGCAGUCACCGGCCUACGGCCUCAAGGCCGACGUCUACUCGUUCGGCAUUGUCCUAUGGGAGCUCACCCACUACGCCGUUCCCUUUGCCCACCUCCAGAACCACUUCCAGGUCAUGCUCGGCGUCUCCAAGGGCGAACGCCCGCACAUCUCGCGAUCCACCCCCAAGGUCCUCGCCGCUCUCAUGCGCGCCUGCUGGGACGGCUCACCCGACGCCCGCCCGGCCUUUGCCGACAUUCUCCAACUCCUCGAGUCGGUCACUGUUGACGAUCUGUCGUAGCCCCCCCC